AGCAGGGCCGCAGCAGGGCCGGGAGCGGCGGGGCCCUACCCCGAGGCGCCCCCCGGGCUCCCUCAGAGCCCCCUCCCGGCGGAGGGGCGGUGCGGGAUCCCCAGAGCGGCGGUGCCCGCCCGCCCCCGGUGCCUCCGCCCACAAGGCUGCGUUGGGGCUUUGUACGGCCCAAAGUUAAAAUGUGUGAUGAUGGUGCCCCAGAUUGUUGGCGUAUUGGGGAGAAAUGCCUUGCCCCUUGUCUUGAAGAUGGAAAACUUCAGGAAGGAGUAAUAACCUCACUUGAAAAGGACAAGAAUGGAAAAUCAUUUGCUGUUGUAUUAUUCUUGGAGUCCGAAGAAAGGAAAAUAUUAGUAACUAAACUUUGCAGAGUCAAAGACAGUAGAGGACCCUGGAAAAGCUUAAUAUUUGAUGAUGGUGAUCUGGAAAAGCCAUAUUUUCCUGACCAAAAUCUUCCAUCUCCUGCAGUUGCUUUUAAAUUAUCGGACAAUGGCGAUUUUAUCCCAUAUACAAUUAACAGAUACCUACGUGAUUAUCAAAGGGAAGGAGCCCAGUUUCUGUACAGACACUAUGCUAAUAAAAGGGGGUGUAUUCUUGGAGAUGAUAUGGGCCUCGGAAAAACAAUACAGGUCAUCUCAUUUUUGGCUGCAGCGUUGCACAAAAAGGGAACACGUGAGGAUAUUGAAAAUAAUAUGCCAGAAUUUUUACUGAGGACAAUGAAAAAGGGCUCAAAUUGUAACCCGAAGAAGACUUUCCUCAUAGUGGCCCCUCUUUCAGUGCUGCACAACUGGAAGGAUGAGUUAGACACAUGGGGAUACUUUAAGGUCUCUGUCUUACAUGGCAGUAAAAAAGAUGAUGACAUGAGUCGCAUCAAACAAGGGAAAUAUGAAGUUGCUCUUACAACAUACGAGAUACUUCGCCUGUAUUUGGAUGAAUUUAACAGUGUAGAAUGGUCUGCUGUGAUAGUGGAUGAAGCACACAGAAUCAAGAAUCCAAAGGCUCAAAUAACUCAAACCAUGAAGUCAUUAAAAUGCAGUGUUCGCAUAGGUCUUACUGGAACCAUUCUUCAAAACAAUAUGAAAGAACUUUGGUGUGUCAUGGACUGGGCUGUACCAGGACUUCUGGGUAGCAGAGCAGAUUUCAAGAAGACGUUUUCUGACCCAGUGGAGCAUGGCCAGAGGCACACUGCAACUAAAAGAGAGCUGGCAACAGGCCGGAAAGCCAUGGUGAAACUGGCAAGAAAACUGGCUGGCUGGUUCCUGAGACGCACCAAAGCACUCAUCAGUGACCAGCUACCAAAAAAGGAAGACAGAAUGGUGUAUUGUUCCCUGACUGAAUUCCAGAAAGCUGUCUACCAGGCUGUGCUGGAGACAGAUGAUGUAACCUUGGUGUUACGAGCAGGAGAGCCCUGUAGUUGUAACAGUGGCCGGAAAAGGAAGAACUGUUGUUACAAAGUAAAUGCACAUGGUGAAACAAUUAAGUCUUUGCGCUUCAGUUACCUGACGAUCCUGCAGAAGGUUGCCAAUCAUGCUGCACUGCUGCAGACAGACAACACGAGCAAGCAACAGGAAGCACAUAUCAAACGAGUUUGCAGCCAGGUAUUUUCCAGUUUUCCAGAUUUUGUGCAGUUAAGCAAAGAUGCAGCCUUUGAAACCAUUUCGGAUCCAAAAUACAGUGGAAAAAUGAAGGUCCUGCAGCAGCUUUUAAAUCACUUCCGAAAAAAUAAGGACAAAGUUCUUCUUUUCUCCUUUUCCACAAAGUUGCUGGAUGUGCUGGAACAGUACUGCAUGGCAUCUGGGCUAGAUUAUCGAAGACUUGAUGGAAAUACAAAAUCAGAAGAUAGGAUCAGAAUUGUAAGAGAGUUCAACAACAUUCAAGAAAUUAACAUCUGUCUUGUAUCUACAAUGGCUGGUGGACUGGGUCUUAAUUUUGUGGGUGCCAAUGUUGUUAUACUGUUUGAUCCUACAUGGAAUCCAGCAAAUGAUCUUCAAGCAAUUGACAGAGCUUACAGAAUUGGCCAGUACAGACCUGUUAAAGUGUUUAGAUUGAUCUCCUUGGGAACUGUGGAAGAGAUGAUGUAUUUGCGACAAGUUUAUAAACAGCAACUUCACUGUGCGGUCGUUGGAAGUGAAAAUGCCAAGAGAUAUUUCGAGGCAGUGCAAGGAUCAAAGGAACACCAGGGAGAGCUUUUUGGGAUCCAUAACCUUUUCAAACUUAGGAUUCAUGGGUCCUGUCUUACCAAAGACAUCCUGGAGAGGGAAGGGCAGGUGGAAGCAGGAGUCAUGACAGCAACUACCUGGCUGAAGGAAGAGAGUGCUCCGUGCAGCUCAGAGAAGUAUGAACAAGCAGAUUGUGAAGAAGAUCGAGAUCCUCAAAGCGCUCAGGCACAAUUAAACAGAGAAGAAACAGAUUUUUGGGAUGACUUCAGUGACGAUGAUGUUCUGGAAACUUCUAUGAAAAAAUGUGACAGAAGGAAGCCUUGCAAUGCAAAUAAUUUAAUGGUAGCAAAGGGUCAGCUUUCUUUAAUGCAGUGUGGAUUCUCUAAGUUGUUGCAGAGAGAAAUUGAAACUGCCACAGAAGGGGAUGAUAAUUAUAACUCUCAUCAAUUGCCUUCUGAUGAUCAGACUGUAAGAAAAAACAUAAAUAGCAAGCACAGUGGUUUUCAGAAAUGCCAAAGCAGUGUGCCUGUUUUGGAGCAUGGGAAAGCUGUUCUGGCAGCAGAUGGAACUGAUAAAAAAGAUAUGCAUGGUACAGACUGGCUUGAUUUCUCAGGCUCUGAGGAGGAAGGGGACAGAGAAAAUGAGGAUCAAGGCCUUUCCAAGCAACCUGAUACAGUCUUGGAAACUGGAAGUAGUUCUGAAGAGGGUGAUGAUGUCAUCUUUCCUACUCAAGUUCAAGCAGCGCCUACUAAAAAAGUUGAAAUACACAGGUCAACAUCUGGAAAUUGCAAAGAGUUAGCAAAAGAAAAAGCUGAGUUUGUGUUUAAGGGAGCCAGUAGGCAGUUUGGGUUCCACAGUGUUGAGUCGUCUUUUGGAGACAUCGAGGAUGACCCAGGUUUGAAAGGAGCAAGUGACAUAAGUGAUGAAUCUGAUGAUAUUGAACUUUCCCAGGAUUCUAAAUCAAGAGAGCCAGAAUCUUUCAGCUUUCCAAAACACAAGGAAAGAUGUGCCCUUAACCAUGAACUAGAUGAUGUCUCCAAAUCUCUGCUACAAGCGAAGAAGCCCAGUAGAAAAGAAAAAGAAAGUGAUUCACAGAAUAUAGAUGAAUUUUCAUCCUCUGAAGAUGAUUUUCCAGCUGAGAAAACUGAGGCCAGAAAGCAAAGCCAUAAGUAUAAAAGACAGAGAGGCAGAGUUCAGUUUGGGUCUAAAACACUGCAUCCUAUUCAAGAUACCUAUGUUGCACAAAUGGAGUCUGGCAGUUAUGCUGUGCAUAGAACUUCUGCAAGAAAAACUGAAUUUGAGCAUCAAGAACAAAAAAUGGAAUCAAUGGACAGAUAUUUAGAUGGUGUUCAAGAGGUGGCAUAUAUUCAUUCCAAUCAGAACGUGGUUGGAUCCAGCAAGGCUGAAAAUCACCUGAGCCGGUGGGCAGUGCGAGACGUGUUUGAGUUGAAGCAGUUUUCCCAGCUUCCUGCUAAUGUUGCUGUCUGUAGUGCCAAGAAACUACUUAAAGCUGGAGCAGACUGCAAAACCUGUGAGGACUCUGCUUUGAAAGUGAGAGAGGUUGCAUGAGAAGAAGAUCCUUGAGAGCCAAGGUAUAAAGGGUGGUGGGGCAGCAAGUCUUAUUCUUCAGGAGAGAAAUUUGAAGGUAUGUAGAGCACCUUGUUCAAGAACAUGAGUAACUAAUGAACUUGGAUUUAAAUUAAUUGUACAAAAAUGUAAGACUUGAACACUUUUACUUAGCCCAAAGUUCAUCUUGGUGAUAGUUUCUUUCCCUAAUUAGAGUUUAGAAGGUCUGUGUUAGAUCUACACGGUUGCACUGGUGUAAUUCACAGUCAAGUCUCUCUUAACCUUUUGAACUGCAGGCUUCAAUCAAGUUUAUUUUUUAUUCGGUAGUAAGUACCCAAUCUGCCCUUAAUUUUACCUGUGCCCAGUAUUUGUAUACCCCAGCUACCUUUUCUCUGAACAAAGAGACUUAAUUAAAUAUUCAUUGUGGUUUCAUUAAAAAAAUAGAAGAUUACUGUCUCUAUUACCAUAUUACUAUCUGCUAAGGGCAUAGCUGAAAACAAAAAAAGGACUAUCUCCUGUAACCACAGAGAGAAGCGUAUGGAAAACAAAAGCUUCUAAAAGCAAACGUGUGAAAUGAACCUGUAGACUGGACAUGGUGGACUUACAAAGCCAGACCAUAAUUUUCAGAGCAGACAUACAGUUAGUUCAGCCUUCCAGAGGAAAAAAAAUAGUCUUGAGAAUUCAUGAGAUAUAUUGCUCAAAAUUAUUCUGACUUUACUAAUUUGCAGGAGGGGGAAUUGAAAGUGUUAAGAGCUUCACUAAGAUCUUAGUCAUUUAGUAAGUAUUGCUAUUUUUGAUUUAUUUUUUGUUUCUGGUGAGCUCCAAGUUCCAAAGCAACUCGGCUGAUUUUCAGUGCAGAAGUUUUUUACUUACUUCAUUUUUUUGAUAACUUGCACUGUUAUCUGUGAAAUUUUUUCUUACCUCCCAUAAGAAGGAGAAACUUCCUGGAGGCGAGAUUAAAUAUCUUCUUUCUAGUGUUUCUAGUCUAUUCUCAAUUAAACGACUGCAUUCCUUAAUAAAUUUCCUAAUUAAUUUCUGUGUUAAUUGGCAAAAACAGCGUAUAUGAAAUGUUUGACACCAGUAUAGAAGUCUGGGAUAGGCUUUCUCUAAUUCUUGUAAAGCUGAAUUUGUGUAGUACUUCUUCAGUUGGAAUCUGGGGUGAUGGGUGAGUUGAGUGAGCCUGGGGAAAUCUUUGGAGAAGGCUUGGAUGUUUCACAAAAAAAGACAGAAAAUGGGAACAGGACACACUAAAUGAAUCGGAAAACUGAUGAUGUCCCACAUGAGAGCUAAUUUUCACUUUUUAGUAUGUGGAAAAGUGUUAGUCGGGAGACCAUGUACUGUACCUGUUGAAUAUGUAGAGUCUCUUUUUUAGUCAACUGCAUGUUUUCAACUUAAGUUUACUUUAAGUUCUACUGAAAAGAAAUGUACAAAGACAGCCAUUCAAUUGAGGAUUAAUCACUAUGGCAACAGAAAUGUGGUGACUGAAAAGAGGGAGGAUAUAUUCUUCCCUCAGCUUCCUGCCAGCUGUCAAAUUCAACCUUUGCGGCAGGAAUUCAGGCCAAAAUAUAGACUGUGAUCUGCUCCAAGAAACUUUAUCUGUAUUUUUAUAAAUUCGUACAAGAAUUGCACUAUAAAGGAAGACUUAAUCCUCUAAAUUGGAUGACAGACAUUUGGCACUAUUGCCAGUGUUUGACAGAGAAAUAACGAGAUGCUUUGUAGUAAAACCUGGAUUAAUGGUAAACCCCUCUUUAUGUUAUUGCAAUGUGGUGUAAAUGAAAAAACUAAGCAUGCUGUCAGCCUAGGGAAAAACGUGUCCUUUGUAUCUCCAAUGCAGAUUUAAGUACUGUUGAGAAUACUGCAAAUACAAAAGUUGUGUCAUUAAGAAUUCCUCUUUAUCUUAUUUGUAUUACAUUGACAUUUUGUAGAUUAUUUAAACAAAGACUUUCUAUCAGUUGUAGGAACUCUGAUUGCAGUGUGUUUGCACAGCUAUGAGAUUCAACAAGUUUAGAUGGUUGUUUACAAAGAGUAGGCUUUUGGGAGAUAACA